AUGGUCAGGCCGGUACAGCUGCUUUUCUUGUCUGGCUGGUUCAUUAGUAAAUCUUCUAAUGACAUUACAAGGGUUUGGAAUAGUCUAUUGAUAAGCCAGUACAGCAGCUUUUCUUGUUCAGCCACCACUAACCUAAUGUGGGCAAAGAAUACUGCCAUGAAACCAAUCCCAGAUGAAUAUGAGACAUUCUAUAGAAUUAACACAUGUGGUCCUAGUGUCAUUAGUUUAGCACAACUCGGCGCCGAGGUAGUACCAAGUCGCGGCGCCGCAGGUGCACCAAGUUGCGGCGCCGCAGGUGCACCAAGUCUCGGCGCCGAAGCAAGUGCACCCCUCGGCGCCGAGCGAUGUUUCUCGGCGCUUAACGAGACGGUGCGGCGCCGCAACUUGGUGCACCCCCGGCGCCGGGACUUGGUGCAUCCUCGGCGCCGGGACUUUGUGGAAUCUCGGCAAUUGUGUAAAAUACUUGGACCUGGUGUAUAA